AUGGUGCCAGCCCACAUCCCAAGUUUCGACGAUCUGCCGCCCGUCGAAGGCAUGCCCCAGGGUUGUGCUUGGGGUGUCUUCGACGUGGACGGCAAAAAGGACGUAUAUGGGACGCUCAAUCUACUCACCCCGGAGGUCGUCAAGGCGGCUGCCACAGAAGUCCAUGAGGGUAUCUCAAUUUCACUGAAUUGGCCUAUCGGGAGCAUCAAAAUACCGAACUUCUGGCGCAAAAGCCUCUCGCAUCGAGUUAUGAAACUGGAGGACCAGCAGGCAGAUUUACAUUUUGGAUUUGACGACGAAGUCGAGUUCAAUACACAAGCCAGUAGCCAGUGGGAUAGUUUGUGUCAUUUCCUUCACAUUGCUAGUGGCAAGGCGUAUAAUGGAGCCAAACCGACAGUGGAAGCAUUGGAGAAUUCGACAGAGGCUUUACAAAAACUUCCCACGAUAAACCACUGGCACGACCGGGGCUGCAUAGUUGGCCGAGGUGUACUGAUCGAUUUCAAAUCCUACGCGGAAGCGAAAGGUGCCUCCUAUUCGCCAUUCUCCGGUUUUCGCAUUGGCAUGGCCGAUAUUGAGGCUGUAGCUGCCUUUCAAGGAGUAACUUUCCGACCAGGGGACAUUCUGAUCAUCCGGUUCGGGUUCACAGAGGCACUCGGUAACAUGACAGGUGAAGAACAAGCCGCAGCUUUCUCUGGUACCCGCUUCUGUGGCAUCGAAGGAAGCAAAGACAUGGCAAAGUGGAUUUGGAACCAGCAUUUUGCAGCGGUUGCUAGCGACAAUGUUGCAGUUGAAGCCAUGCCACCCAUCGUAGAUGGGGAAGAGAAGCCGCCAACGAAUCUUGUUCUACACCAAUGGUGUCUCAGCUUGUUUGGCCUUCCGCUGGGUGAGCUGUGGUAUCUUAAAGAGCUAGCUGAGAAGUGUAAAGCAGCUGGCCGCUACAGUUUCUUUUUCACCUCGUGCCCAUUGAAUGUGCCUGGCAGCGUAGGAAGUCCGCCGAAUGCGCUGGCUAUCUUAUGA